AUGGGUAAACACAAGCGUUUUAACGAAAAUGGCAAGGCCGUCAAGACCUUCAAGCAGCUGGACACAAGUUAUGGUGGAGAGCGAAAAAAGAAGGAACAGACGGAUUCGGAAGGCUUUAGUAGAAAGGUUUUGGUCAAAUUAGAUGUAGAUGAACGAUGGUUUGACCACGGGUUCAAUGAGACUUUAGAGAAGCCAAUGGAUCACAUGAGUGAGGUCUAUUUGAAUCAGGUCAAGAGGGCUGAGAAGUUGCUUAACAAGGAGAUCGAAACUCAUGCUAAAAGUAAGGAUUUUUGAAUAGUUUUUGGUUUUUCAGGUAAUAAAUUGGAGGCUUUGUGAGAUUUUAGGUCUGAAAAUGGACAUUUUCGAAGUUGAGGCUCUAGAAUAGAUUUUAUAUUGAAUUUUAGGUAAUAAAUUAGAGGUUUUUUGAGAUUUUAGGUAUGAAAAUGGAGGUUUUUUCAACUUUUUUAAUUAAAAAAUAAAAAUGUCAUCAAAAAGUUUAUUUUAGCCAACAAGCGUGCCCUAACCUCAGAAGACAUGUUUCUGGACAAGAUUGUGGAGCAAGGAACCAUGUCUGACAAGUUGAGUGCAAUUCAACUCAAAAUCAUUCAAGAUCCAGUCCAUUCGAUCAAACAUCUUGAAACUCUGGUCAACUUCUUCACGAAGAAACAGACCAGGAGUUUGGUGGCUGUUAUGAGUAGGUUUUUAUUCGAAAUAUUGGUUUUUGGGGUGGAUUUUGAAUUUUAAAAAAGAUCUAAAAGGGGGUGCACCGGGUGGGGUAAUUUUGAAAAUUUUUGCUUUGGGGGUGUUUUUAGUGUUUUAAAAGCUGAUUUAGAAGCGGAUUUUUGAAAAUUUUGAUUUUGGGCGGGGUAAUUUUUUUUAAAUUUUUUUUGGGGGUGGUUAUUAAAAAACUUAUUUAAGUCUGAGAUGUUUUAUUUGAUUUCAUGUCGUGUUUUACUCUUUAUGACCUUAUUUUUGUCUUUUUCAGAGAGUUUUCGCGAAAUAUUUAUCAAAAAUCUACUCCCAGCAGACAGAAAGUUGGUGCCAUUGGACAGAGUAAGUUUUUAACUUUUUAAUCUUAUUUAGGUAACGAAAUUUGAUUUAUAUAUUUUUAAGUAUGAAAUCUUUAAAACUAUAUAUUUUUUGUAUUUUAGAGGCCUCUGGAUCUGUUGGAUGAGUUAUCAGGAGGUAAUGUGGAUUCAGCCAAUAAACGACUGAUAUUGUGGCAAUUUGAAAGUCAACUCAAAAAGUUGUAUGCCAGCGUGGUACACGGAGUACAGGUAAGCUUUUGGGAUCAAAAAUGUUUUUUUUUAUUUGAAUUUCAAAACUUUGUGAUUUUUUAAAAAUUUUGAGCUUUUUCUUCAGAAUUUAACCUCAAACCAGAUCGAAGGCGUGGCCGAAAAAGCCGUUGUCAUCAUAGCAGACUUACUCACAGAACGACCAGAACAAGAAGAUGUUCUACUGAAUUCACUGGUCGAAAAAAUCGGUCAUCCAAAGAAGAAAGUGGCCGUUACAGCGACAGAACAAAUCAAACAUUUGGUCGAGAAACAUCCAAAUAUGAGACAAGUGGUCAUCGGACAGCUGGAACGGCUGGUUUUCAGGUAGGUUUUUGGUAUUUUUAGAUCAUUUUAUGGCAUUUUAAAGCUGUUUUAUGCUAUUUUUAGGCAAUUUUGAAGAGUUUUACAAGUGGAAGUUCGGUGGAAGAUUUUCAGUGCAAAUUACAUUGAAAAUCUUCCACUCAACUUUCACUUUUAAAAAGUAUCGAAAACUUGUUUUUAGGCAAUUUUAAGACAUUUUGAAAGUGGAAGUUGAGUGGAAGAUUUUCCGUGCAAAUUACAUUACAAAUCUUCCACUUAAAUUUUAUUUCUAAAAUCGGUUUCUUCCCACACUUCUAGCUUUUUUUGCCGAAAGCUUAAGCUAAUCAUCACCAUUUUUAGGAAGAACAUUCCAGAACGAACCCAAUUCUACGCCAUUCACACAUUGACUAUCAUCCCUCUACGAGAUGGUGAUAGUGAAGUGGCAGUGAAGCUUCUGAAGAUUUACUUUUCAAUGUUUCGAAUUUUAAUCCUCAAAAAGGCAGUGAAUCACAAAAUGCUCACUAAUGUCAUACGAGGCGCGAAUCGAUCGUUCCCAUUCGCUAAAGAUCAAGCGGCCGAAUUGACUGAACAGUUCGACGACUUGUACAAGGUGGUACACACGGCCAAGAAAUUGUCAACGGCUCUGAGUGCACUGAGGCUGCUGUUCCAGGCCAUGAGCUUUAAGUGGGUUUUUGGAAAUUUGAAAAAAAUGAAUUUUUAGCUGAUUUUUAAGGCAAAAAUAAAAAAAAAAUCAUUUUUAGUGCCGGCCUCUCCGAUCGCUUUUACUCGGCCUUCUAUCAACGAAUGUUAACAGUACGAUCCUCAAAAGCUGAUGUUCAGUUCUUUGACCUCAUCCACAAAGUCCUGAAAGCAGAUCCAGUGGAAGAUCGGGUCAGAGCGUUCAUAAAACGCCUACUACAGUUGGCAUUAAUCAACACACCAGCCUUUGCGGCCGCUGUCUUAUUGUUAUACAACUCGCUGCUGAAUGACCGGCCUCAACUUAUUCAACUCGUCAAGCAUUCGGAUGUGAGUUUAUGACAUUUUUCAACGUUUUUGACCGUUUGGCGAGAAUUUCUUUUACAAAAAAUGACCAGUUUGGUUAAUGGAAGUUGAGUGGAAGAUUUGUAGUGUAAUUUGCACUGAAAAUCUUCCACCAAAAUUCCACAUCCAAAAUGUCUUAAAAUGACCUAAAAACACGUUUUUGACACUUUUUAAGAAUGGAAGUUGAGUGGAGUAAUUUGCACUGAAAGUCUUCCACCAAACUUCCACUUUUUAAAUUUGAAAAAAUGAUUUAAAAAUUUUUAAAAAAUGCAUUUGGCAAGGUAGAAAAAUGGCAAAAACUUUCUUUACAAGCCAACAAAUGAACUAAUAAUGACUAUCUUUCAAUUAUAGCGUUCAAUUCCAAAGGCGGAAUCCGGAUUGGCAUUGAAAAAAGAAGCCGAUGCUGAAAGCGAUGAAGAAGAAGAACAAUAUUUUGAUGUUCCACUAGAAGAUAAAAAGUCAAAAUCUACUCCAAAAGUUAAUGGAUUUGGCGAUGGUCCAAAAGUAAAUGGAAAAAUUCAAAAUGGAGUUGGGAAAGUUAAUGGAAUCUUAAAGAAAGGUCAAAAAGUUCCUGGAAUCUUCAAUAAGAACAAGAUUAAUGGGCUUGGGGAAGGUCGUAAAGCAAAGAUGAAUGAAAUAGAGGUAGAUAAUGAAGAAAUAGAAGAAGAAAAUAAAGAAAUAGAAGAAGAUGAUAAAGAAGUAAAAGAAGAAGAAAAGCCAGAUCUACCCAAAAAACCGAAGAAAGGAUGGGUGUACCGUGAUUUGGUGUCAAAAGACGUACAAAAAAGAAUGGCACACAUUGAUUAUGAUCCAUUCGCCAGAAACCCUCUCUUUGCCCACGCCGACAAAACGGUCGAUACCGAACUAUAUGCCCUCUCACAACACUAUCACCCGUCUGUGGCGGUGUUUGCUCAACGUAUCAUGGAUGGUCUGAAAGUGCAAUAUAAAGGAAACGCAUUGAUCGACUUCACCUUGAUCAGGUUCUUGGAUCGAUUUGCUUUCAAGAAUCCGAAGAUCAAGACGGCCGAAGACGGGAAGUACAGAGGAUAUGUACCAAGUGGCAUUAAGAGAAUGAAUAUUGCUUCUAAAGUAAGGGUUUUGUGAUCGAUUUUAGUUUUUUUUGCACUUGUUUUCGCCCUAGCUUUAACCUAUCUCAUUCUAUCCAGUCUUACAAAUAGCUUUAACUUGGUCCCACCCUAUUCUCACCACAUUCCAACCUAACUUUUUCAAUUUCAGGAGUACGCGAACAUGCAAGAACGCGAAAUCCCUCAAGACGAGAAAUUCCUUCACCGAUUCGCAACGAUAAAACUGAACAGAAAGACUCUAAAGCCAGAGAAGAAGGACGACGAAUCCGAAGACGAGUUUGACGAUGUAGCGUCGGUGAAUUCAGAAGAAUUUGAAGGAAUCCUAGAAAGAUUCGAACCCGGAGAGAAAAACGACAUCUUUGACAUUGAUUUUGGCCAAGCUUUUGGCCGCGAAUUGACCGACAAAGAAGCCAAAGCACGGAGGAAACAACAACGCAAAAAUCGUGAUGCUUUGGAUGAGAUUCAGGAUUCUGACGAUGAUUCGGAAGCCGGAGAUGGAGUUGAAGCUGGCUCUGACGAUGACUUUGAUGAAGAUGCCUCUGAUGUUGAUGGUGAAGAUGAUUUAGAACUUGAUAGAGAAGAGGAUUCUGGUAAAAAGAAAUCAAGUCACGGUAAGAAGUCUGCCGAUUCUGAAGAUGAAGACGCUUCGGAAGCCGACUUUGACUACUCAGACGAUGAGGAUUCAGAAGCCGAUGGUAGCGUCGACGGCGAUGAAGAUUCAGAAUCAGACGAUGACCAAGAAUUCAAGAAGAAAAAUCUGAAGAAGAUGAAGAAACGCGGAUUCAACGAGGAUUCAGAUGAUGAUGAGCGGGAUGAUGCCAUGGCCAAAGCCUUCAACGUUGGUGAUUCGUUGUCGUAUUUACAGGAUGCUGAACAAGCCGUGGAUGCAAUGGAAGACUUCCAGGAGAGAGCCGAAGCCAAAGAACGGAAAUUCAACCGAAAGCGAAAAAUCUUUGAGAAGAAACCGGCCAAAAAGGGAUUCAAACCCAAAAGAAGAAAGUUUUAG